ACAGCUAAGAUAAGCUCAGGAUUUUCUGAGUUUAAUUUUCAACCUCAAAAGAUAACAGUUAGUGAUGGGAGAAAAUAGGGCAAUAAUAGGUGAGAAAUGUGUUGAAAAACUGUAUAGAAUCCAAUAAUAGUCAAUAAACUAAUGAAAAAUUCGUCAUUAAUGGACAAGUAGCGAGAAGAAGAGACAGGAUGUGUUAUUCGUAAGAAACUUAACAUUGGUACCGCUUUUCCAAUUACCAAAUUUUAACCUCUUCAAACAUUAGACAUAAUAUUGUAAUAAGUAGGAAGAUACCAGCAUCAUCUAACAAUGAGAAAAUUAUUCUACUAUUAUAAAUAGAUUAUGCUACAUCGACUGCACUUAAGUAUCUUGUGAGAACUCUUUGAUCUCUACUUUCUUCGAUUGACUUGCUCACUAUUUUUAAGUGGUGAUUCAUCGAUGAGAAUGAAAAUAAAUGCCAUGCUUGAAGAAAUUAAAAUGAAUUUGGAUUUGGAUUAUAAUGUUUGGAUUUGAAGUCCUGAUGUAGUUGAGGAUAGUAAUAUCGUAUGUUGAUAGGAAGCUGAAAAUAUGGUCCAAAGAGAAUCCUAUGAAUUUUGAAAAGUUCUAGAGAAGUUUGAAAACACAUUGAACAUUUCGAACAUAGUAGUAAGAAAGUUUUUGAGAACUGCAGAGGCCGUAUUUGGAAUAUCUUGAAGGAACUCAAGACAAUUGGAAGAUAUUCAUAGGUUUUGAAAGCUGUUAGAAGACACCCCAAAGUUUUUAAUAGCUUUAAUUCCUUGGCUUCAAAGCAUAAUAUUUGACAGGUACCUACUGUCAAAGAGCAAACCGGAUUUGAUUGAAAAUAUUAAUUAUCUCCAAUUCCUAUUGGAACUGAAUAUUUCUCUAAAAAGCUAUCAUAUAGGAAAAUUUCAACAUCAUUAAUUAACGAUUAUAACUUAUUAACAUUUCUGAUGAACAUGCUACCAUUUCAUACAGUAGGCAACUAUCGUCUAACAGGCAAACGUCUCGGCAAAGGCAACUUCUCUACAGUCUACCAAGCUCACCACACAGUUCUCGGAUCAAAUGUUGCUCUCAAAAUAAUCAGCGAGACAAAACUACAAGAAGACUAUGUCCGCAAAAACUUGAAACGUGAGGAACGACUACUGGCUAAACUGGACCACCCUUGUAUAAUAAGACUAUUUGAAACAAUGUACCACAAAAAUGUGUAUUGUUUAGUAAUGGAGGAGGCUAGAGGUAGUACGUUACACCAGUUUGUUGUGAAAAGUUGUGAGGGAAUUUUUGAAACUCAAGCGCUCACAAUCGCUGUACAAUUGUUUUCGGCCGUCGACUACAUGCAUAGCCGAUCAGUAGUCCAUAGAGACUUGAAGAUGGAGAAUGUGAUUUACGACAGAGUGACAAGGAAGGUGAAAAUAGUCGAUUUCGGACUGGGAAACGUGUGGUUCGGUGGGAGGCAUUUGAUCACACAGUGUGGUAGUCCCGAGUACGCCGCACCAGAGCUGUAUACCCCGGGGAAACGCUAUGGACCAGAGGUGGAUCUUUGGAGUUUGGGCAUCAUUUUGUUUGCCAUGGCUACGGGUAAACUGCCGUUUCACUUCAAAGGCGGCGGUCGUGUGAGGAACACGAGCGACAGAUCCCAUUUUCUCGAGCAAAUCACACGGGGACUAACCGAUGUACAUUUGAAAGCUAUCAGGAAAUACUCGAUACAUUUCUCAAGUCUAGUCUCGCUUCUGCUGAAACCGAAUCCCCGAGAUCGACUGACCAUGGCACGGGCUUUGGUGCAUCCAUGGCUGCGAAAAAAACAGGCUCGUCAGCUAAAAUCGUCACCGUCAGCCAACGUCGCGUUAUCGUUAGCCAGCGUUCCGUUAACGUUCGUGGAACAGUUGGUAGUGGAACAGAUGUCUCGUAUGCUGGGGUUUACUGUGAAAAAUGUUUUGAAUGAAAUUGAGAAGAAGCCGUAUGGGAAGGUGGGAGGAGUUUUCAAUUUGAUGUGCUGGUUGAAGAAGAGGUGAUAAUAAAGGAAAUAGAAAUGAUAAAGGUGUAUCUCCUUAUUCCUCACAAUACGAAUUUUACUAACCAUUGAACAAAAUGCAAUGUGUUUUGGAACUUUUGGUUCGUUUGCUUUAUCCAAUUUCAAACAGAACCGGAUCAAAUGUUGGUUUGAACUUGGAAUGCAAAGCAUUAGGUGAUCAUAGCUUUAUUUUAUGUUGUUGAUAUUUCAUGUUAUAACUAUCACCAUAGUGUACCUAUUUCUAUAUAACACUUGCUUCAUGGUGGUUCAAACAAUAAGAUAUAUUCAUGUUCUCAACAGCAUUCAAUAACUCAAGUCCUUUAGCUUCAGUAACUUCAAAUCCUUUGACAUCGUUAAUAAAUUGCAGUAGCUAUUGCCUACUACCUAGCAUGGUUGAGGGAAACUACUUUCUUUCUACUAGUUACUGAGCAUAGCCUGAAGCAAUGAAUAUUAACGAACCUGGAAUUGAUCAUCAAUGUCACUCAGUGGUCCUCUGCUUCAUGGUUAUUCAUUUUCUCUCUAAACAUAUUCGUGCUGUAAUAACUCGGGAAAAUGAAAGUCAAAAGAAGACCUUCUUCUAUACAUAUCCAGAAAUAUAGAUGGUAUAUUCUCCACCUACCUUCUAAGUCUCUUUCUAUACUCUCUGUACAUAUGGGCUAUAAUAUGUUGUACGUGGGUUGAAACACAGAGUUCUAGAGAGAAG